AUGGCAGAAAAGGCUGGUCACGACGCUACCGUCGUUCCUGUAUCAGUUGGUACAUCCGUUGAGGAUAUAGAGACAAAUGGGUUUGAUGAAGUAGGCACGAAGAAGCUGCUACGGAAGCUUGAUUGGCAUCUCAUUCCUUUCAUGUCUCUCAUCUAUCUGCUAUGCUUCCUCGACCGCACCAAUAUAGGCAAUGCUCGUCUCGAUCACCUCGAACAAGAUCUCAACCUGCAUGGCCUUCAGUAUAAUGAUUGUCUUGCUGUUCUUUUCCCAUUCUACAUCGCUGCAGAGAUACCGUCCAACAUGAUGAUGAAGCGUACCCGGCCUUCCAUCUGGCUUACUUUCAUCAUGUUCUUUUGGUCACUGUCAAUGAUUCUGCAGGGCUUUGUCAAGAAUUAUUCGGGGCUUAUGGCUACGCGAGUAUUCCUCGGUGUGUUCGAAGGCGGCUUAUUCCCCGGCGUAAACUACUACAUAUCUCAAUGGUAUAUCCGAGAUGAGUGCGGGUUCAGAAUGGCCCUCUUCUUCAGUGCCGCCACUCUCGCCGGCGCCUUCGGUGGCAUCCUUGCACGAGGCAUUGCAGAAAUGUCUGGCGUAGGCGGACGGGCGGCAUGGUCCUGGAUUUUCAUUCUAGAGGGUCUAUUGAGUAUUCUAGUCUCCAUAGUAGCAUACUGGUGCAUCUACGACUACCCAGCCACUGCCCGCUUCCUCACCUCCACCGAACGCACAGAAGUGCAGCGCCGCCUACGCGAAGACUCGGGCCACCUCUCCAACGACUUCAACGUGAAGUACGUCUACCAAGCCCUCAAGGACUGGAAAAUCUACAUCUUCAUGCUCAUCUGCAUGGCGGGUUUCUGCCCCAUAUACUCCUUCGCCCUCUUCCUCCCCACCAUCAUCAAAAAUAUGGGCUACACCGCCAACGAAGCCCAACUCAUGAGCGUCCCGCCCUACGUCUGCGCUUGCGUCUUUACAAUCGCAGCGUCCUGGUACGCCGACCGCGUCAAGAAACGAGGCAUCUUCCUCAUGGCCUUCCAACUCAUCGCCAUCGCCGGCUUCGCCAUGCUCGCUGCUACAAGCGCGCCCAGCGUACAGUACGCAGGCACUGUCCUCGCCGCCAUCGGCAUCUACCCACAGAUCCCGCUCGGCAUGGCGUGGAACAGCGGUAACAUUGGCGGCAGCUUGAAGCGCGGGACGGGUAUCGCAAUGCAGGUCAUGGGCGGCAACUGCGGUGGUAUAAUCGCAUCGUACGUCUAUGUUUCACGUGAUGGACCGCGAUUCAUCACGGGCCAUAGUAUCUUGAUUGGAUUUGCCAGCAUGGCAUUCUUCCUUACCUUCUUCAUGUCAAACUGGUUCCGCAUGGAGAAUGCGCGCCGUGACAAGAUUGCGCUCGAGACUGGACAUCAAGAACUUACCGAGGAGCAAAAGGCCAUGGAGAGUGAACUCGCGGAUUACGUACCGUGGUUUAGAUACACUACCUAA